CUAUAAAAGCUGAUCUCCUGUUACUGGAAAACAGGAAUUAGCUUGUCUGCUGGAGGAUGUGGUUGGUUCUUUAUAGAAACGACACACAAGAACUCUGUGCAUAGACGGCCAGCUGCACUAUGCUGCCAACGGUCUCCAGCAAAAGAAGAACAUUUGCAGCCAGAUAUUUUGCCCGCUCCAAAAGCCUGGUGAUGGGGGAGCAGAGCCGGAGCCCUGGGCAGCCACCCUGCCCCCACGGGCUGGGCCCCGUGCUGAAGGCCGGCUGGCUGAGGAAGCAGAGGAGCAUCAUGAAGAACUGGCAGCAGCGCUGGUUUGUGCUGCGUGGGGACCAGCUUUUCUACUACAAGGGCAAAGAUGAGGCCAAGCCCCAGGGAUUUAUUUCUCUGCAAGGGACGCAGGUGACCCAACUUCUUCCUGGCCCUGAGGAUGCGGGGAAGCACCUCUUUGAGAUCAGCCCAGGUGGUGCCGUGGAGCGGGAGAAGGUGCCGGCCAGCCCCGAGGCGCUCCUGCUCAUGGCCAGUUCUCAGCGUGACAUGGAGGACUGGGUGCAGGCCAUCCGCCGGGUCAUCUGGGCCCCGUUUGGUGGAGGGAUCUUCGGGCAGCGCCUGGAGGACACAGUCCACCAUGAGCGGAAGUACGGCCCGCGCUUGGCACCCCUGCUGGUGGAGCAGUGCGUGGACUUCAUCCGGGAGCGUGGGCUCUCGGAGGAGGGGCUUUUCCGCCUGCCGGGCCAGGCCAACCUGGUGAGGGACCUGCAGGAUUCCUUUGACUGCGGGGAGAAGCCGCUCUUUGACAGCACAACAGAUGUGCACACGGUGGCCUCCCUGCUGAAGCUGUACCUGCGGGAGCUGCCUGAGCCUGUGGUCCCUUUCGCCAGGUAUGAGGACUUCCUCAGCUGCGCCCAGCUGCUCACCAAGGACGAGGGGGAGGGGACUCUGGAGUUGGCUAAACAAGUGAGCAGCCUUCCCCUGGCCAAUUACAACCUGCUCAGAUAUAUCUGCAAGUUUCUGGAUGAAGUUCAGUCCCACUCCAAUGUCAACAAGAUGAGCGUCCAGAACCUGGCAACCGUUUUUGGACCUAAUAUACUUCGGCCACAGAUAGAAGACCCAGUGACCAUUAUGGAAGGCACGUCCCUUGUUCAGCACCUGAUGACCGUCUUGAUCCGUAAACACAGCCAGCUCUUCAGUGCGAGGGCCACCGAGGGGCCGGCCACGCCCCUCGGGAGCGCACCGUGCACAGCGAGAUGGGGCUCUGAGGAGGUCCCAAGGGACAGCCAGCCAGAGCCCCACAGCCCCAGCGCGCCAGGCCUGCCCUCACUCAGGACCUCAUCUCUGGACGGGGCUGCUGUGGCCGCCCUCUCCAGAAACUCGCCCCUGGUCCCACGCGGCCACUGUAGCCCUGCCACCCGCAGCCCAGGGAAGAGGGUGCAGACUCUGCCCAGCUGGAAGUCUUCCUUUCGGCAGUCUGGGUCCCGGUCAGGGAGCCCGAAGGUGGGCAGCUCAUCCCCAGAGGUGCCCAUCAUCUCCUCUGGCGGGAACUGGCUCAUGAAUGGGCUGUCCUCCCUGCGCGGCCACCGCCGGGCCUCAUCAGGGGACCGGCUCAAGGACUCGAGCUCCUCGCAGAGACUCUCCACCUAUGACAAUGUGCCCGCACCCAGCCUUGUCCCCAGCACGCCCAGUGUGUCCAGCACGGCGUGGUCGGGGGCCUCCUCCUGCGAGGCCUCCGCUGGGGGCUCCGUCAGCAGCUGCACAGCCUGCCGGGCCAGCGACUCCUCUGCCUGCAGCUCCCUGCACUUUGAGGGCGCCCUGGAGCCCUCCCCCUUCCCCAGCAGCAGCGAGGAGUGCAGGUCCCCAGACCUGGGCCGCAGCCUGGAUGAGGUGGGCAUCGGCCUCAGCAGCAGUGAGCCCAGCGAGCCAGGCAGCCCGGCCCGCGACCAUGAGCACCGGGCCACGGCUCUCCAGGGCCUGGUCUCGGAGCUCCGGGCAGAGCUGAGCCGACAGCGGACUGAGUAUGAGCUGAGUGUGAAAAGGCUCGAAGACAGCACUGCUGAGCUGAGGGGACGAAUGUCACGGCUGGAGGAGGAGCUGGACCAGGAGAAGAAAAAGUACACGAUGCUGCAGAUAAAGCUGCGGAACGCGGAGCGGGCGCGGGAGGACGCCGAGAGGAGGAACCAGCUGCUGCAGAAGGAGAUGGAGGAGUUUUUCUCAACCCUGGGAAGCCUGACUGUUGGGGCAAAAGGUGCCGGAGCCUCAAAGUAAA